AUGUACGGCGCCUUGUGGAGAAGUUUGCGUUCACCGUUGACGCGGCCAAUGGCGCGUCAGAUGGCAAGCCAUCCGACACCAGAGGAACUUGGUUUGACGGGAUGGAAAUACUACUUGAACAGUGAAACCAUUGUUGGGAGACGUAAUGUGAGUAAUUAUUAGGUGGUCACAUCCUCUACAAAAUAUACAUAAAUCUCCUCACUCGUAAAUAAGCCCAAACUGAUAAGGUUAUAUUAAGCUUAUAUUGUUUAGGUACUUUGCGAAUAUAUUGCAUUGAUUAAUCCAGCUAUUUGUGAACUCUGGNUUCCCAGGACAAAUUAGCGCACUAACACACACAAUUCAACCAGAGUACGUUUCAAAUAUCAUCUUGAUUAUGGUGAUGUUCUCCUUUCCUUGUUUUAGGACAAACCACAAUGUACGGCGCCUUGUGGAGAAGUUUGCGUUCACCGUUGACGCGGCCAAUGGCGCGUCAGAUGGCAAGCCAUCCGACACCAGAGGAACUUGGUUUGACAGGAUGGAAAUACUACUUGAACAGUGAAACCAUUGUUGGGAGACGUAAUGUAAGUAAUUAUUAGGUGGUCACAUCCUCCACAAAAUAUACACAAAUCUCCUCACUCGUAAAUAAGCCCAAACUUAUAAGGUUAUAUUAAGCUUAUAUUGUUUAGGUACUUUGCGAAUAUAUUGCAUUGAUUAAUCCAGCUACUUGUGAACUCUGGGAUUUUUUUUACAUCUCUAACUACGAAAUCCGUGUUUUUUUUUGCUGUGAGUGUCCUCUUUUUAUUUUACUUGUAGCACAAUAGUCAGGUACACUUCGAUGUAAGAGUUCACAAACUCUUUUGAACACAUCUCAGUGAAAUAGUGACAAAUUAAAUUUAAACUUGGCAAAUUUGUACUUUCAAAAGAGUUCAAGAUGCCCAGGGGCCCCACUCACAUAUUUUAAUGACGGGGGGGUCCGAAGGAUUUUUUUGGGUCUGACAUUUUGGCCAAAAGGGAUUUUUUUGGGUCUAUGAAAGAUGCCGGGAUUUUUUUGGGUAUUGUAUUUUUCAUCAGCUCAAAUCAAAAAUAACAUAAGCGCAAUUUAUAGUUUUGUUUUUGACCAAAACCAAAGUUGAAGUUGGCAUAUUUUAGCUUUCCAGAAGAUAUAUAAUAAAAUUUGCUGAUGCAAAAACACUGAGGGAUUUUUUUGGGUAUGCUAAAAAAGUAGGGAUUUUUUUGGGUAGACAAAUUCUGAAGUUGGGAUUUUUUUGGGUAUAAAAUAUGAACCUCUGUCGGACCCCCCCGUCAUUAAAGUAUGUGAGUGGGGCCCCUGGGUCAAGAUGUGUUAUUGUGUUUUAUGUACCGUAUAUAUUACCGUUAUUGUGUUGUUAUUGUGUUGUAUGUACCGUAUUCAUUCGGCAAUAAGCCAAUCUUGGCUAUUAGCCGCGACCCUAAACUUUCAACUCGUAGAAUCAGCUUAACCAAGAACAAAAGAUAAAUCCAAACCACCCGGCUAUAAGUCAAAACCCAUUCAUUACAAGACUUUCAGCAACUCGAAAAAAAUUUGACCUUCUCUAGGAAAACGUACAAACUAUUGUUGUUUGGGCUUUUCACUGCUACAUGUUUUGUAUUGAUCUUUCCUUAUGUUAGCCUGAAUAUCAUCCGAUAACUUCGAGUCGUGAUUUCUCCCUCAGUAACGUCUGAGAGGAGAAAACGACUCGAAGCAAUUGAAUGAAUUUCAGGCUACCCUCAUGUUUUCCUCCCAUUAUGCUUGAAAUGAUCACAUAAGUCGUCUUUCAAUCCAAACAAACCACAUCAGUUUGCAUUGCGUUUGUCUGUGCCUAGUAACCAGGCAAAUGUUUUGAAGCACAUGUUUGACCUAACAUGGCGGAUUGUUUACACAUUUCAUGACAUUUUUCAUUUGUUUUACACCUUCCCUCAUUGUCAAAGGCUGAUCAAUGUGAGAUUUAGUUGUGAGAUCUGUUUUUGUCAGCUAUUUGGACAAUUUGGGACUGAAUUUCUGUACUUAGCUAACUUAACAUUCACAUUUGUAGUUAUGUGAUCAAUGCGAUCUUUUGCUGCUAUUUGCUCAGCUUAUAAGUGAAUACAUCUCCAUUUAGUCAGAGUUUAGUAGAUUUUCAAUGCACUGAAAAAAUUAUUUUGUCAAAAACUCCUGGGUAUGAGCCGAGACCCCCGCUCAAAUUUCACUGAACUUUGGCUUUAAUUUGUGUAAAAAUACCUCGGCUUAUAGCCAAAUAAAUACAGUAACUGUGGAAAAUUAUAGAAGACUGAAGAUACACAUAUCAAGUAAUUUGUGUAAACAGAGAAAGUACCUAAAUGUUGUGCUCAAAAUGUGCAGAUUGAAAUAUCUGAUUAUGUCCAUUUAUUAAUUUUUUUUAAGACACAUUUUUUUUACUUUGAUCUUACUUUUCUGAUCUUGAGUGUAUAAUGAUCAAAUUAUCAGCACAUCUUGGAGUAGGAAAAGCUGCAAAAGUCCAUUACAUCCCCCGAAUUUCCAUGCAAAAAGCCUCACAGUCAAAGAAGUUCUUUGUAAACUCUUCUUCUUCUAGCUUUGCUUGGUUCUGCUGAGUUUUCAAGGGCUAGAGCAACCCCCAAAGUAAGAUGGUGUUUUUAUGCAACUCACCGGUUGUCUUUACACUAGGCUGUUAAGUAAGACUUAAGAGCUGCUAAGUUUUACUUAACUAAAAAUGCGUGUGUGAAGGCCUAAGUAAAAUCUCAAGUAACUUUACUUUGCAUCUCAUUAAAGUCGGAAAGUUGAAAAGAUUCAAGAAAGUUUCAAGUGACUUGAAAACCAUCCUUAAAACCGACUUAGUGAACUUGUGGUUUCUAAGCUUUGAAAAAGGCAAAGCAUGUCAAUCAACCUUAAUUAUGUUGCGUGGCAAAAUAGGCUUAAGUAAACCUGAAGCAAAAAAGAUAGGUUGUGUGUGAAGCUUUCUUUUACUUGAAGAAUUUAAAAUUUACUUGUCUUGAAAUAUUUCUUAGCUUAUUUAGGCUCUAGUGUAAAGACUACCACAACAACAAAAGGGAAUUAUUGUUCUUAUAUCCAGUUUGUGUUAAACUUCUCUAUAGUAUUAGUUAUUGGUUUGUUUUCUGUUGAAAUUUAUCCAAAGAACAUGAUUUUCCUUGCAGAUUGUGUUAGCUGUUUAUGGCACUCUUACUGGAAUCUAUAUCUUUUCAAAGCUGAGGAAGCCCAAGAAAGAAGCCACACCACAAGCCCACUGA